AUGGCUGAGCUUCAAUCGAAACUUCCCGAGCUUUCCAGUGGCCGAUUUGACGAUGGGCCGUUGGUUGGCUUAGGGUAUCAGACAGCGUCCCAGCAAGGCUUUACUGACGAGCAAGGACGUUCCUUCUACCAAGGUGGCGAAACUGUGAGCUUUUCGAUUGGCAAAUUGCCUAUUGGCUCCGCGAUUGGUGGUUCAUUGACGCUUGCUGCGCUCCGCGAUAGUGUCACUGAACUAGGGAAUCCAGACUUGACACUUCCAGAGACGGUCAACCGAGCGCGUUUCGUUCAGAGCUUGGCAGUUGAGACAGACCUCCGGAAUGGCGUAUCUAUCGAUGAUACAAUACGUGAUAUUGUGAGCAGACAUGCAGCUGGCAUCUCGUUCACUUCCGACAUCGACAUCUUUGAGCAAUCCCCUGCUGUCCGCGGCGUUUUCAGCGAGCUCGGGAGCCGUUUUCGAGGCGUACAAGAAGCUCGAAACCAUCUGAGACGCGCUCAGACAGGUAUCAAGGCUCUUAGAGAUGUUUGGGUUCCCACCCGUGAUAACAGCUACCUCCUUGCAGAUGUCUUUCAUCCUAUUGAUGCUGGAAGAUAUCCUGUAUUGUUGAGACUUGGUAUCUAUGGAAGAGCGUUUCGGAUAGGGGCUAUAUCCAACGACGAAGACCGCGAGAUAAGCGAGAAGCGUGAAGAUUCCUGGUUUCAGGGAGAUCGAGACAAUCUUCAUCCAUACUGA